ACACGUGUUUUUACUCAGCUCUCACAGUGUCUGCCACGUGGGUUUAUGGGUAUCUGACGUCCCAUGUCAAACUUGUACGUUUAUUUUUGUCAUACUAGCCCAAAAUACCUGGUUUAGUUGGUUGGUGGCCAUUUCUAUCGGCUACAUAGCCUGGUCCUGUCUUGUAAUCUGCGUGUGCUGGGGGAAAAGCCGGUCUGCUAGCGAGAAGUUCGCGUAAGACGAGCUAGGUGGGCGGCCAUGUUCUACCUGGUGGGUCUGGGCCUGGGAGACGCCCGCGACAUCUCCGUGAAGGGCCUGGAGAUAGUGCGCCGCUGCGACGCCGUCUACCUGGAGGCGUACACCUCGAUCCUGACGUGCGGCGUGGAGGCGCUGGAGGAGCUGUACGGCCGGCCGGUGACGCUGGCCGACCGCGAGACAGUCGAGCAGGGCCUGGACUCGGUCAUCGCCGGCGCUACCGAGCGCGACGUCGCCCUGCUGGUGGUCGGCGACCCAUUCGCCGCCACCACGCACCACGACCUGGUGCUGCGCGCCGCCGAGCGCGGCGUGCCUUGCCAGGUGGUGCACAACGCCAGCAUCAUGAGCGCCGUCGGGUGCUGCGGCCUGCAGCUGUACAGCUUCGGCGAGACGGUCUCCAUCCCGUUCUGGACCGAAACGUGGCGGCCCGACAGCUUUGUCGAGCGGAUCGACGCCAACCUGGCGCGCGGCCUGCACACGCUCUGCCUGCUCGACAUCAAGGUGAAGGAGCAGAGCGUGGAGAACCUGGUGCGCGGCCGGCGCGUGUUCGAGCCGCCGCGCUACAUGAGCGUGUCGGCGGCGGCCGGCCAGCUGCUGGAGGCGGUAGCCGACCGGCCCGAGGACUGGGCGGGCCUGACGCCGAGCACGCGCGCCGUCGGCCUGGCGCGCGUCGGCACCGACCGGCAGCGGAUCGAGGUGGGCCCUCUCCGCGACCUGGCCGUCUGUGACGCCGGCCCGCCGCUUCAUUCGCUUGUGAUCGUGGGAAAGACCCAUCCCAUGGAGGAGGACUUUCUGAAACAGUUCGAACCCAAGUCCAGUGAUUAGGGGAAUGCAGUGUAUGUCUUGGUUUAUUAUAUCUGAGGUUGAAUUCCCGGUGUUGCGAAGUCUUGUUCGGUUUCGUGUCCUGCAGGCUCACACUUCCGAGCCGGUGCGAUGGCGGGUGCCGCUUAUUGAUGAAGUGCAAUGUGUUCAAUAAUAUCUGCGUGUCGGCUCGAGGUUGCAAGUCAUAAGCUGCGGUACUAACGUCGACAGGGGACCGAUUUUUUUACUCGGAUUUGUCGACAAUCAAUGUUUGAACUGAGGCAAUCGUGAGUUGAAAUAAACAGCCAAGCCCGCGUC